AAAAAUUGUAAUAAGAACGAAAAUCUAACUUUCAGAAUAUAGGCUGAAAAAAAUCCACUGAGCUCUACACCGUACAAAUACAGACACCUACCCCUUGUCGGCUUUUAGCCCACGCAUCCGGAAUACUCGCUGACAGAUCGUAACGUUACGGUUACACGAGACAGAGCCUGAUGCAACCCCAAGGAUGGUGAUGAUGACCAAUUUAUACAGAAACACGUUUAUUUUAAGGAGAUGCAUUCUUCGUAGAAAAUUUCCAAAUAAUUUUGAAAGAGUCUACCGGACAUUCAAUAAAAGCUUUCAUAAUGAAACAGACUGGACGAAAAGGACGAAGCCCGGAUUGUUUAAUCUGUCCUGCAAAUUCUCAGUGUCUCUAUUAUCAGUAUGCGUCUUUUAUAAUUUGUAUAGAAAAACAAAAAAUGAAGAUGUGGUUGAUUAUGGACAUGGUUUGAAAAUAGCACUUGAAAAUGCUUUUGUCGUGAAAGCUGCGAGUCCUAGUGUAGGAAAACGAUCGCAGUUUAAUUUCAUUGCAGACAUUGUAGAGCAAACCCAACCCGCUGUUGUCUUCAUAGAAGUCGUCAGGGGAAGAGGAUUUGGACAAACAAGUUCCAGCGGUUCUGGAUUCAUUGUAAGGCCAGAUGGUUUAAUUCUGACGAAUGCUCAUGUUGUAGCAGGUGCUUCCCGAGUGCAGGUGUACCUAAGCAAUGGUCAGAAAGUUCAGGGGACAGUGCAGGCUGUAGACCAGGUGUGUGACCUUGCAACUGUCAAGGUCAAUGAGAGAAACUUACAGACACUUACUCUGGGUAAAAGCAGUGAAGUGAGACCGGGGGAGUGGGUUGUGGCCCUAGGAAGUCCAUUCAACCUCCAAAAGACCGUAACGGCGGGCAUCGUCAGCAACGCAGGACGGGAGACCAUGGGGAACCUGACCAAGAGCCCGCCCAUGAUACAGCAUGACGCGGUCAUCAAUGUUGGCAAUUCUGGUGGUCCCCUGAUAAAUUUGGAUGGAGAAGCCAUCGGAAUCAACACCAUGACAUUGACCUCGGGGAUCUCCUUCGCCCUCCCAGCAGAUCUAGCUGCCGACUUCCUGAACAGAGCUAAAAGAGUGGAAGGAAAGUUUUCACCACCAUCUUCUAAAAAGCGAUACAUGGGACUCAGUGUGAUGACCUUGACUCCUGACCUUCAGAUGGACCUCAGAAGGAGAGUGUCAAAUUUUCCCUCCAAAGUCGAGCAGGGCAUCCUAAUUGUUGCUGUAGUAUCCCACUCCCCAGCCCAUUAUGCUGGUCUGUCUCCUGGGGAUGUGAUCACUCACAUUAAUGGGCAGUCUGUGACCUCAACCUCCCAGUAUUUCAAGGCCAUCGAAAGGGAAGAGAAACUGACUUUAAAAAUUGCACGUGAAAAUGGCACAUUUACUGUCACUGUUACCCCAGAGGAAGUGGAUUAACUGGCAACAGGUUGUACACUGGCAUUGGACUGAUCAUAAACUAGCUAUAUUGAACUGAUCAUGAACUAGCUGGCAACAGGUUGUACACUGGCAUUGAUUUAAAAAUGAACUAAUGGGCAACAAGUUGUAUACUGGCAUUGAACCGAUUGUGGACUUACUGGCAACAUUAUACUCUAGCAUUGAAUGUUGAUAAUGAACUGACAGGCAACAGGUUGUACAUUGGCAUUAACUGAUUGUCAACCAAGUGGCGACGCAUCUAUGCUAGCAAUGAACCAAUUGGUAAUUGGUUGUAAAUUCAAUGGUGAAUUUAGGAAGGGGCAUAGAGUUGCCAUUUUAAAUUAAAUGCACAUUUUAAAGUAAUUUUACAAUAUUUAAUUAUUAACUUGUUUCUAAAAUACCACAUGCAGUCAGAAUUCACAAUUGUUUCAUUUUAACAAAAAUUUUCCAAUGGGACAAGGCUCUAAGAUUUCCUUUCAUAAUUCAUGCUGUUGGCAUUCAUUUUGUCCUUGGUUGCCUCCUGGAAAUCCUGGAUCCACCACUGUGGAAUGACUGACAACUGGUGAAAUGGAAUGGAACUUCCUUCUAAACUGUAUGGUAAUUGCUCAAGGCAUAUACAUAUAAAUUAACUGGCCUUAAACUGUGUGUGAAAUUGUUCUUUGCCAAUAUCUAUAGAUACAUGUACUAAUUACUUUGUCUAUAAAAAGGACUAUUGUA